AAUUAAUAUAAAUAACAUGGAUAACCUCCAAAACUGAGAAGAAAAUAUACAUGAAGAUAUUCUUGACGAGGGUGUUGAAAGAUCAGUCUUGAUAAAUUCCCUCCAUCUUGAGACUAAGCUGUCACAGACUCCGUUCAACACUCAGUCAAGGAUUAAUUUAUUUAGGAAGACAUUCUCCGGAUCUGGGGUUAGACAAGGCAGAGAGCUGUGUGCAAGAAUUUUUGAAUCUUCUUGAGAUACCAAAGUUGCACUUCGUAAGAAAGUGUCUGCAAGGACUCAGCCUUCAACCAAAAGCAUUCAUAAUGAUAUCAGAGAAUUGCUACAGAAGGCGAUUAAGUUGAGGAAUUCAGAAAGCGUUGAGGUAGAGCUCGAUGUAAGCCCAAAGUUUGGAGGUAAUCAAUGCUCUGAUUCCUUCAAACAAAUGAGCAAGGAAGUGACCGUAGGAGACCUUCCCGGGCCUUUCUGAUAA